UGUCAUUAUUUCUCCCGCUGCCAUACGAGCCUCACAAAUGAUCUGGCUGUCGGGAUGCAGGAGCUUCCGAGCGGACCGUGAACGCGGCGCAGGCUUCCAGGGAGUGGCCCCAGUGCACCUGUCCGACCUGUUUGAGGGGGGGGACACAUGACUCCGGAGGAAUUUCCCCCGCUGCUCCCGUCCUUUUGUUUAACGGGAGUCUUGCUUUAGUGGGAGCCUGUAGAAGAGGGCGAGAGCCAGAGGAGAGGGGGAGACAGAGAGAAGAGAGAGGGAGACACAGAGAUGUCGGAGCCAGCCACUAACCCCGCCGCCACCUCGUUCCCGGCGCCAACUAUUUCUCUACCUUUGGGCCUGGAGGUGCUGAGGACUUACUCUGGAGUCCUCGUCUGUUUAGAAAUAAUAUUUGGUGCUCUGGUAUGGAUCCUGGUUGCCUCCUCCAACGUGCCCGUGCCCCUGCUGCAGGGCUGGGUGAUGUUUGUCUCCGUCACCGCGUUCUUCCUGUCCUCCGCCUACCUCACGCUUCUCCUCACUGGCCUGGCUGACCGCAUCAGCACGGACUGGAAUUUCCUGGAUGUGUUUUACCAUUUCAUCGCACUGCUUUUCUACUUUGCUGCCUUCGUAUUGGAGGCAGCAACUACAGCAGCUAAUGGAGGAGCCCACAUCAAGCCCCUGGUUAACAGCACUGAAGCGGUCUUGUGUAUAACCUACCCAAGGGGCAACAUAUUUACAGUCCUGGAUGACAGGCAAUACAGUAUUAAUGUGGCAGCCACGAUAUUUACCUUUGUGGUGACACUAUGCUACGGCUGCAGUAUGGUGAUGGGCUUCAAGAGGUGGAGGAUGUAACCAGAGAACCAGCACAAACUAGUCUGAUAACUGCUUCUUAACUUCAGUAUGACUUCAUAAAACCUUCCACACCGUCCAGAGCUCCAUAGAGAGCCUUGCUGUUUAGGUCAGUUCAGUGUGAACUUGGUUAUUAUCAAAAGAAAUGAAAAAAAUAAAAUAAAAUAAAAUAAUAGAGUUUUUUAUUAGAUAAACCUGUCAAGAUUUCUGGACCAUGAUAUUCCUCCAGGAAUUCUUCUGCUGAGAUAGUGAAAGGAUUGGUUUCAGGUAGGUUCAGUCUGGAUUGUUGAAGGUGUUUUUGAGAACAGGGUUAAAGCUUUUGCCCACUUCCAUUUCCAUGCUGCUUACCAGUGAUUUCACUAUCAGUCGUUUUAGCACCAUGUCCCAGUCACUGAGUGGGGGACCCCCGAAUCCCCAUCGACACUUUCACCUGAUUAUUAUCUUUGUAUCUCCUUGUUGUUUUGAGAUAUGGCCUCAUAAAUUCAAAAUGGUAGAGGGAAGAUGAGAUGGACCACAUACCUCAAACUGAAAUAACUGUUAAAUCCUCUUAUGGACAGUGUAUAAGUUUAAAAACAAAAAAAUAAAUGUAUACGUCUGUCCAGA